UUAGUAAGAAGAAGAGCGAAAGCGAAACAAAAUAAUUAUUUUCUAGAACUUGUGAUUUUUAGACCAUACAAUAUGGAAUUGCGCAGCCGAACGCACAAGAAAUUAGCGGACAUCCUCAAAAGCGCUGGCGCCUAUGAGGCCAACAUGGAAGUCGAGGAGAUGCGCGAAUUGGUCACUGCCUUGGAAAGCUCGGCCAACGCCGAUGAUCAGGAUCUGGAGAGGGUUUUACAUGAGAGCGAGUUGGAGUUUUUGUGCUCGCAGCCGAGUGCUUUGCACAACUCCACGAUGAUCAUACCGCCCCAGGGGCCCACGAUGAAUCCAAAUUUGGACAGUCCGCCAAGCGAACCUAUUUGCUUGACCGUUCGGGCUGUGGUCCAUCAUGCCAUGGACUGGAGUCCCACGGCGGAAAGGCGACUUCCUGUCCGAAAGCGAAGUGCUGGGGACCACAACCAGAUCAUCGAUCAGGAUGGAAAGCGUUCCAGACCUCCAGUGAUCAGCAGUGGCCAGGAUCAGCAAAAUCAGGAGCAAGAUAACCAAAAUCCGGAUGCCACGCCCGUUUCAAUCGGAAAUGAGGGCGAUUCUGGGGUCAGUUGGGAGGAGGCAUCGUCGCUCUCCAGCGUUAGCGAUGCCAUGUCCAUGCCCUCCAUUGGCGAAAUGCCCGAUCGACACUUGAUAAGCACCAGCAGCGCUGCAGUCUCCGAUUUCUCAGAUAUCCACGAGCAUAGCCACGAUUAGGAAGCUCUUGUCAAUAUUUUGUGGGUGCCAGAUUUUUUGUUAGCCUUAAGCGACAGCAGCACCGCGAUUUGAAAAUAAAAAUCAUUCUUCUAGCUUAAGCAAUUGUCAUAAAAAUAUUUAAAAUUCUCGUCUGUCCAGUAAAAUUACAUCAAAAGGCCGGCUGUUCGCUUUAAAAUCAAGAGCACACAAUAAAUGUAAUUUCUUUAAAACACAUACACCUAAAA